UUCCAUCGUAUAUAUAUUUUACAGAAGCGUUCGUGAUAAAGCCUGAAAUAUAUUCUUCCGAUUGGCAUGGUUUGAGUGACAUGGAGAAUAGGGAUGGAUGUUGGGUUCAAAUGAAUGAUUGAUCUCCUCAUAUAAGACUGUCGGGGUGCCAUAUAAACGAAUUUUUCGGGGCAAAAUAUUAUCUUUGAAAAUUUAUUUUUUAACAUCUCUAGAGUUAAUUUAAAGAAUGCGACUAUGGAAUAACUAAUCAUAGAUUUCCAAUCGUCUGAAGCCGGAGAAGCAAGAUAAAUUAUCCACUGAUUCAAGCAAUAUGGUGGAAAACUUUAUUUCGACGAAUGCCCGUUCAUUUCCCGGAAGCAGACAAAACGCAAUUCCUGCAACAAAAUUGGAUUUCAAAGAUACUUCAACAAACGAAGUAGAGUCGGACACUUUAAACUUGAACAAUUUCAGUCCUAGAUAUAUUUUGUCGACAAAAGGUCAUAGACUACUAACCUUUGGGGAUUACAUAUUUCGCAAAAAAAGCGGAAACGCUGCAAAAUCAUAUUGGAUAUGCGCCUACGACAGGGGGUUUAAAUGCAGAGCGAGAUUACGACUUUUGGAAGGAUCCGAUCCUCCGAAAAUCAUAGGAAAAAGUGGUACGCACAACCACGGAAAAGAAUUCGGACGAGUUCAGGCAAGAGAGCUAGUAAAUAGUAUGAAGGAAAGAGCAAUGAGCGGCAAAGAGUCAUUGGAAGAUAUUUAUAGCAGCUCAAUAGAGAAGGAAUCUUUAACCGAAGAAGGUCUAGUUGCUCUGGCCACUAAGCAAGCAUUAAAAGCAGCAAUGCGAAGAGUUCGAAAAAAGAAACACAUGUGCAACCUCACUUGCUGCAAAGAACGGCCACAACAAGUUGAAGACAUAGACACUCCUUUAGAUCUCUCGAUGAAAUCAAAAUAUUGGGAACAACACAAUAGCAAACAAAGCAAAGGAUUGAUGGUCAAACAGUCAAAAUAAGAUAAUGAUUUGUAUUUAGUCAAAGAGUGAUAAAGAUGACUUAUUAAAAUUAUAACAGGAGAGAUAUAAAUCUGGACCAGCUGCCUGAAUACCCGCAAAUGGCCGGGCACUGCAAUUUUUAAUAAAAAUACCAGAACUUGAUGAUCACAACUGGUCAUAGUGAUACAAUAUAACCUUUUAUUAAUUCUGUAUGAAGAAGAUUAUAGCCAUGUCCAUCUCCUGAGUUUCAGCUGGCACCAUGUCGGACUUGAUUUAAUUCAUGAGGAAAGUCGAACAAACCGUUUAUAAACAUGAUACAGAUUAUGCAUUUGAACCAGGAUUUGGCAUGCUUCACUGACUAAACUGUUCUUCCAAUAAAUGAAAAUAGACAAAAAUUUAUGCAAGAAUCGAAAUAUUCUAUCACUUUCCAACAUGUCCAAAGACUUCAGGAAGCACUAGGCAUCCCCGUAAGUGGAAAUUAUUACAAAGAGUGUGUUGCUAGCCAGCAACCUACCUGCUUUCAAAAUAUUGAUCACUCAAGUUUAUAGUGAAAGUCAAAACUGACGAAGUUAACAUUUCAAAAUUAUCAUUUUUAAUUUCAAAAGUUUGUGGGUACAAUAUUUGAAAAAUCUGUUUAUUUAAGGAUAUCAGAAAUUUGGUCAAAUUAUUGCCGCACAUUUAUCUGUUUAUUUCAUAUUGUUCUACUAUCCUUUUUAAUUACAGGAUAAUGCCGGUUUGUGCAAUGACCAUUUUCCAUCAUAAAAUUUUAACUUCAGUAUACCAAAUCAGUAGAAAAUUAUUGUUUUUAAAAUACACUGCCAUAUCUGUGUUACUAAUUAUGCUGAUUCAUAUGUAUUGUCAUUACUUACUGUUCAAUGAGGAUCCAUAUGUUUUUAUUGUUUUCUCAUGACACGAAUCUACGUUCAGUUAUGUCCAAUAUCCGUGCUUGAUAUAUUUUGAGGCUGUCAUUGUGAUUUGUGAUAGAAAAAUCCUCUGACAUAAUGUUACAUCACUAUUGUACAUCAUUGCA